AUGGCCGAAGGAAUUGCAGUUUUUAGCACCGUAAUUGGAGCUUCAGUUUUAGAUGGAGUACCUACAUGUCUGCUCGGAAAAUUUGUGGAUUUGGCAUGCGUUUUUUGGUCCCCCGGAUCAAACAACGACAUUAAUGUGUUGAAUCGGUCGCCGUUGUAUGAUACUACUAGAAAUGGAACGGCUCCAAACACGUCAUUCACUUUACGCGGCCGCUUGUACAGACGUGGGUAUUUGCUUACUGAUGGAAUAUAUCCUAAGUGGUCUACAUUUGUAAGAGCGUAUCCACAUCUAGUUGAUCCAAAGGAAGUGAAAUUCAAGCGAGUGCAGGAGGCGUCGAGAAAAGAUGUAGAACGGGCUUUUGGGGUGCUUAAGGGAAAAUGGAAGAUUUUGGAACGUCCAAUCCAGAUUAUGGAUAAGGAGAAGAUUGGGAAAGUCGUCGACACAUGUUGUAUAUUGCACAACAUGAUCAUAAAAGACGAUGGGAGGACUAUCUCAUCGGUUCAUAUAAUGGAUCCACCGGUGCCUGCAGCUUACGAUCCUAGAGUUCUACGGGAGUUACAGGACGAAAACGUCCAUCAUCGUCUUCGGUAUGAUUUAAUGGAGCAUGUAUCUACGUUGGAUUUGGCAUACCUCGAUGAGCCAGCAGCUCAACCACCUCCUAUCGAGGAUUUGAUUUAG